GCAGAGGCCGAGCUAGCCCCCCAGCGCAACGGAGAGAAUGGCCAGCGACGUCGCGCGCAGGGAGCUCCGGGCGCGCGUGGUGGCGAUGCCGUGGGCGGUGCGUCUCCAGCUGCGCGCGCUCGAGGCCGCCGUCGACGCCACGCAGCGCCGGGACGGCACCGUCAACCGCUUCCUCUUCUCGCUGCUCGUGGACCGCCAGGCGCCCGCCAACCCCGCGCGCGCCGACGCCGGGGGCGUCCGCUCCGUGGACGUCACCGUCGACGCGUCCACCGGCGUGCGGGCCCGCGUCUACUUUACGGCCGGGGCGGGGGCGGAGGCAGACGCGUCGCCGCGCCCCGUGAUCGUCUACUUCCACGGCGGCGGCUUCACGGUGUUCUCCGCGGCCACCCGGCCCUACGACGCGCUCUGCCGCACCAUGUGCCGCGAGACGGGCGCCGUCGUCGUGUCCGUGACCUACCGCCUCGCGCCCGAGCACCGCUACCCCGCGGCCUACGACGACGGGGAGGCCGCCCUCCGGUACCUCGCCACCACCGGCCUGCCCGCCGAGGUCCCCGUCCGCGUCGACCUCUCCCGCUGCUUCCUCGCCGGCGACAGCGCCGGCGCCAACAUCGCGCACCACGUGGCCCAGCGCUGGACGGCGGCACCCGCGACAACGCCUCCAGCCGUCCACCUCGCCGGCCUCCUGCUCCUGUCCUCCUACUUCGGCGGAGAGGACCGGACCGAGUCGGAGCAAGCGCUGGAGGGCGUGGCCCCGAUCGUGAACCUCCGCCGGUCCGACUUCUGGUGGAAGGCGUACUUGCCGGAGGGCGCCGACCGAAACCACCCGGCCGCGCACGUGACGGGCGAGGCCGGCCCGGAGCCGGAGCUGCCGGAUGCGUUCCCGCGGGCGAUGGUGGUCGUCGGCGGGCUCGACCCGCUCCAGGACUGGGGGAGGCGGUACGCCGGCAUGCUGCGCCGGAAGGGCAAGGAGGUGCGCGUGGUGGAGUUCACGGAGGCUGUACACGCCUUCUACUUCUUCCCGGCGCUGCCCGAGACCGGCAAGCUCGUCGCGGAGAUCUCGGCGUUCGUGGAGAGCACCGCGCCGAGCUCGACCGCCUAGAGAACUAGAGACGAUGAUUAGGACAACUCGUCGUGGAUCUCGUACGUCCCCGUCUCUGCUGAUGUUAUAUUGUUGGCUGAUAGCCUAUUUCACUGUCGAAGUCGCUGCGAGCAGCCGCGUCUGUUAAAUUAUUACACUGUGGUGUAUAAGUUCGAGUUGCCAUCUCGAUAUUUUCUUUGUGCAACAUGUGGCAUGGGUGAUGGGGA